AACGACUUCCCUCCUCUUCCUGUCACGGUCGAGUCUCUGAGGGAAGACAUCGAGAACAGACUCGGUUCGUAUUCUACCCAAGGUAGCGUAGGAUAUGGCUGUUGUUGUGCACCCUAUCCAGCGUCCGGUUGAUGCUGUUGACCAGAAAGAUGAUUGGACGGGGCUUUCGGAUCCCAUAGUCAGGCGGAAGAUACAGAAUCGGUUGAAUCAGAGGGCCCGACGGCGACGGAAAGCCCCCGAGAAAUGGACCCCUCUGCGAUCGAAGAUCGAGGAUAUUGCUCAUGGACAUCAGGUCGCCCCACCAUCUACAUCCACAUCAAGCCAGCACGCGCUUUCAGUCCAAAAGUUACAUCCUUUGCCAGCAAUCAAACCUGUCGUGCUGGAGCUUUCUGCAGGCCGUUUCCCACUGUCAUCUGACCACCUCAUUCACUUGAUCCAAUUCAACGUCUUCCGCGCGAUGCUGACGAAUAUGUUUACUCUUCGGAUCACUCACUUGUUCGAGUGCGAAAAGGAGGUGUCAGAGCAGAUGCGCAUCUCACAGCUGCCGCUGCCUGCUGCCGUCCCACCAUCUCUUGAGCCCACCGCUCUUCAGCGUCAGGUCCCUCAUGCGCCAUACGUCGAUCUCUUUCCGUUGGCCGGUCUGCGUGACACGCUAAUCCAGGCAGAAGGAACGUACGACGACUGCGAGCUUUGCCUUGACUUACUUGGUUCGAUCAGCAGUCCGCAAGUUGAGGGGUACUCCAAUGGCAACGAAGGAGCUAAUGAUGACCGAAAGGGUGUGGUGGUCUGGGGAGAACCAUGGCAUGUUGAUUCUUGGGAGGUUGAGGAAGGGUUCAUCAAGAAGUGGGGAUGGAUGCUCAAAGACAACUGCGAAGACUUGAUUCGAUCAACGAAUCAAUGGAGACAAGUUAGGGGCGAUGAGCCUCUAAGAUGGACUGACUGGGGUAUCAACGUUGAACGCAUUUGAUGCAUGUGCUUCCGAUCGACCUCCUCGCUUACCCUUUUGGAGAUGGGCUGAAGCGAAUAAGCAUGGUGAUGAGGAAGAAUGGAAUAACUCAAGAGAAGCUCCAAACAAGUUAGUCUACGCGUUUCGCUACU